AUACAAAGGCAGUUUUACUAACAAGGCUUGUUACAGAAAGUUGAGAAUACUAUUUAAAUGUGGCAUUCUUCCCCAGUCAUCUUCAGCAUGAAGUUCAGUUGUAAUAUUUAAAUAGCUCAGACAGAUUUACAUUUUCUACUUCGGGCAGUAGCCACAGAUUAAGAUGAAACCAGAUGAUAGCAUGGCAUCUGUCUGAAGGAGAAAGUCAGUAGGUAAGAUCUUCGUGGUGGACUGAAAAGUAUCCACACGAAGUACUUCCAGUAACUUGCAGUAGUGUAGUGGAAGAUCUGCCUUCACACUCAGCACACUAGAAUCCAUUUUGUAGAAAAGAUGUUUCUUACCUUACAAUAACACUAAGUUCUGAUUUCUAAGCUUUGGUGCUGAGCAAAAAAAAAAAAAAAGUUUCACAUUUGAGCCGUGCAAUCAGCAAAAGAGGCAGGAAGGUGUCAUCACGGAUGUGGGUUAGGGCGAGCUGCAGCACGGAACCGUGCGGGGGGCAGAGGGACAGCAAUGAAUCCAGAAGAGCAAGUGGUAACGUGGCUCAUUUCGUUAGGAGUUCUGAACUCCCCUAAGAAAAUAGUUGAUGAUCCGGAGGAGUUCCUGAAAACUUCUCUGAAGGAUGGAACCGUGCUCUGCAAACUCAUCCAUCGGCUCCUUCCGGGGUCUGCAGAAAAGUAUUGUCUGGAGCCGAAAAAUGAAGCUGAUUGCAUCAGUAAUAUUCAAGAGUUCUUGAGGGGCUGUGCAGUUCUUAAAGUGGAGCUGUUUGAGCCGCAUGAUUUGUACAGCGGAGAACAGUUCUCCAAGGUCCUGAGUACGUUGACAGCUGUAAAUAAAGCUACUGAAGAUCAGCCAUCCAAAGGGCCAUGUUCGCAUCCAUCGGCUCUUAGCUCUGCAGCUGGAGGUGCCCACACCGACUCCAACAGCACAGCCUCACAGUCAGCAAAGGUCCUAAGGAGGCAGUCCAAGGCUGUGGAGAUGACCGAGAAUGGCAGCCAUCAGCUGGUGGUAAAGGCCAGGUUCAAUUUUAAGCAGACCAAUGAGGAUGAACUCUCCGUUAACAAAGGAGACAUUAUUUAUGUCACCCGGGUUGAGGAAGGGGGCUGGUGGGAAGGGACCUUGAAUGGAAAAACAGGCUGGUUCCCAAGCAACUACGUCAGAGAAAUCAAAUCCACCGAUAAACCACUCUCUCCCAAAGCAUUAAAAGGACUUGAAAGCACUCAGCUGACAAAGAAUUAUUACCCUGUGGUGUUGCAAAAUAUUCUGGAAACAGAACGAGAUUAUGCGAAGGAACUACAGUCACUUCUGGGAACUUACUUAAGACCCCUCCAGUCUUAUGAUAAGCUCAGUGCUGUGGACAUCGCGUCAUUGCUGGGAAACGUGGAGGAAAUCAGUGCAUUUCAGCAAACCCUGAAUCAAGCCUUGGAAGAUGUUGCAAAGCUCCCCGAGAACCAGCAGCGUGUGGGAGGCUGCUUUAUGAACCUGAUGGCCCAGUUCCGCUCCCUGUACCUGACGUACUGUGCGAACCACCCUUCUGCUGUCAAUGUCCUCACACAGCACAGUGAUGAGCUGGAGAAGUUCAUGGAGAGCCAGGGUGCGGCCAACCCAGGCAUUCUCAUCUUAACCACGAGCCUCAGCAAACCCUUCCUGAGGCUGGACAAAUACGUGACACUUCUGCAGGAGCUGGAGCGGCACAUGGAGGAGGCGCAUGCAGAUCAUGAAGACGUCCUGAAAGCCAUCACAUCCUUCAAGUCUCUUGUGUCGCAGUGCCAGGAGCUGAGAAAGAGGAAACAACUUGAGCUGCAGAUCCUUUCCGAAUCCAUCCAGCGUUGGGAAGGAGAGGACAUAAAAACAAUGGGAAACAUCAUCUACAUGUCCCAGGUCAUGGUGCAGAGUGGGGGCAGUGAGGAGAAAGAAGAGCGAUAUUUCUUGUUGUUUUCAAAUGUUUUGCUCAUGCUAUCUGCAAGCCCGCGGAUGAGCGGGUUCAUCUAUCAGGGAAGGCUGCCUUUAACAGGAAUGACGCUGACAAAGCUGGAAGAUGCUGAAGGGAACGAGCACAUGUUUGAAAUCGCAGGGAACAUGAUGGAGCGCAUCACCGUGUCCUGCAGCACCAGCCAGGAUUUGCACGAGUGGCUUGAGCACUUGCAGAGGCUGACCAAAGGGACGUGCAACACCGUGUCCAAAACGCAGUCCUGGAGCGCCCAUUCGACAUUUGGCUCCACUGGACAGAUCCGUGGACCCCUGGAGCCCCCCAAAAUCCUCAAACCCUGGAGCUUGAGCUGCCUCCGUCCCGCUCCUCCCCUCCGACCAUCGGCAGCGCUGAGUUACAAAGAGAGGAUGUCUUAUAUUUUGAAGGACUCCAGCAAAAGUCCGAAAACAAUGAAGAAGUUUCUUCCAAAAAGGAAAACUGAGAGAAAAGCAUCAGAUGAAGAGUUUGUUAUUAGGAAAAGUACUGCUGCACUGGAGGAAGAUGCUCAGAUCCUGAAGGUGAUCGAGGCAUACUGCACUGGGGCGGGUUUCCAGCAGGCACUCAGCUCAGGCUCCCGUAAAGACUCCAUCCCCCAAGUCCUUCUUCCUGAGGAGGAGAAAAUCAUCAUCGAGGAAACGAGGAGCAAUGGUCAGACUGUCACGGAGGAAAAGAGCCUUGUUGACACAGUUUAUGCACUGAAAGACGAAGUGAAGGAACUGAAACAGGAGAACAAAAGGAUGAAGCAGUGUUUGGAGGAAGAGCUGAAGUCCCGGAAGGACCUGGAGAAGCUGGUGCGGCGGCUGCUGAAGCAGACAGAUGAGUGCAGCAGGGAGGAGACGGGACGCAAAUCAUCGCUGAUUGCCUGAGCUCAAGGAGAAGCUGUUGGCAGUGUGACCUCAGGUGUAUUUUGGGAAGCAGAACUGGAUCCUUUGCCUCUUCUUCCUCCUCAUUUUGUUGGUCCGGGGAAUUUUGUUACCAAAAAAAAAGAAAAAGAAAUAGUUUUUUCUUCCAUCCAAUAAGGAAAUCAAGCAAACAAGCAAUCUAUCACAACUCAAGCAUCAGUGAGCGGUCCGUGAUUCACAAUCCAUCUGCAGCAGCUGAUACCUCAUUGGAGCAAACCCAGCCUGUGCCAGUGACUGCUGCUCACAGAGGGUUUGGCAGCAGUUUCCCAUCACUUCUUGAUGCUUUCAUUCUCUUCAAAAGCACCAGUACCUAUUUAUUGAAUGAAAACAGUAUUGAGAUGGCAAUGAGCAGAAACCAAAAAAGCACCGUGCUCCUUUUUUCAGAUAAUCACAACUGGGGAAGCUAUUCCCAUCCACCUUCUUCUUCCCCGUUUAUUGACUGUAGUGAACUACAGCCCAGCAAUACUGCAGUUCCUGUGUGGCCUCGAUACUGAUUAAAACAUGCAAUUAACACAAAGGCGUUUUAAUUCCUUGGGGAAAUCAAACCUGGAGCACCUGUCAGAGCACACGGGAAGGUGUAUUGCACAGUACUGCCUCCUAAGAGCUCAUUGUUAGCACAACAGGUAGUGCCCCCAGCCCCUUUUCUUAAGCAUGACCAGGAACCCUUACCCCCUGCUUUCUUUUCACUUGGAGUGUCCACGUAUUAUAUGAGUUUAUAGUUUUGCUGUGCUUCCCCUCGCAGGAUAUGCUUUUCUCCAUAUGAAAUGCAAACACUGCUUGACAGCAAAAACACCCCCCAGGUAUGCUCGUCCCCUUCUCCCUUCUGCCCACAUUAGGCUCCUGCCUGAAGGCCAGGGUGGCCGCUUCUCCCCCAUUGCCCCAAAGGGGCUUUUCUUAUAGGAAAAAGGAACUUCUGGGAUAGGAAAGGUAUUUAUAUUUAGGCUUUGACAGGAGCUGGAAUGCUCCUGGGGCAAGGACGUGCAGCACCUCCCAGAUCCCUGCAUAGCUCCUUGAACACAGCACACGGACAACAUGCAUAUGUAUCCAGUUAUCUUCACUUUAUUUGGUGUUACACCCUAGUUUAUAACUGAUGUUUUCCUUCCUUCCUUAGCAGCAUUUACAAUUAACCUUUUGUUAAUUAUAAGCCUUCAGUGUAUCACAUGGCAGCACGGUCCCUGUGCAUGCAGACACACUGCAGCUUCUUACAGUCCUACGUCGGUCAUGAAGGAUAUAACAGAGUCAAUAAUUACGAUUCUCUCCUUGCAAUUAAAAUUCAGGCAGAACAUAGCAAAGAGUCUUUAGGGAGAGCUGGACCCUGCUGUGCUAGUAAGCCAUUUCCCAGCAUAACCACCUUCCUGCAUAUGCUGGAGCUUGGCUGCACUGCUGUCUGCCCCAGCAUCAUCAUGCCCAAAGAUGGGCUGGGCUGGGGUUCACACCAUGCAGUCAGCACAAGGAGGAAAACCAAGGGCCAUUUGUACACCUAGGAGAAGGUAGGAAUGUUUCCCCACUGCCCACGGUUUAGUUGAAACCUGUGCUGUGUACAUAUGCAUGUUUAUAAGAUGUAAGGUGAUGGAGGCUGCACUGGGAUGUUUUUGAUCAGGCGUUUGUUAAGAGCUAGAAGCCAAAAAAAUAAAAAGGAAAAGAAGCCAUGCCGGAUGGACAGCAAUGUUUCCAUAUUUACUUUGUUUACAGUGCUUUGUAAAUAGGUUCCAGUGAGUCUGUCUUUAGAUGGAUGUUGUGUCAGCUGCCUUCCACUUUAUCUUUGUCACGUAGGUUUAUUUACUGUAACUACUUGUGCAAGUUCAACUUUUCUAACAUGUUUUUAUUUUGGACAGUUUUUUAAUUGACAUUUUCAACAAAUAAAGGAUAAAAAUCGCUUCUUA